GAGAGCGAUAUGCCGAGAUUGAGCGUGAAAUGGGACGCAGCGAUAUUAAAAAGCGAUGGAAAAAACUUUUGGCUGCUAGCAACGAAACCAUUAAAUCGGGUCGAUGGUCUGAAGAAGAGAUUCAAAAACUUGGAGAAGCUGUAAAUCAUGUUCUUGUUAGAGACAAGUUGCCAGCUUCAUCCAAUCUUAUACGCUGGCGAGACGUUGCCAAUAUGGUUGUCACCCGUACUGAUAUUCAAUGCCGAACAAAAUGGAAUCUGUCGUUUCAAUCUGGCAAAAAAGCCGUUUCGGUAGUACGUUCAUUUGAAUACGAGGAUUAUGCUUCUUUGUUAACCCGAAUGUCGGCACUUUGCUCUGCUGCAAAUGACGAAACUGAGAUUGUAUGGGAGAUGCUGGUUGGUGAGAACGAGCCUUGGAAUGCACAAUAUCUCAAAACCCGUUGGUCAUAUCUAAAAGGCGUGGUGCCUGUCCAUGAACUCACCAUGCGUACCUUUUCUCAAAUCAUUGACUACUGUUUCGACAACCUUGUGGAGUUGAUUGAUCGUCGUUCUCGCCUAAUAUCUACCAGUGAAUUCUUGGUUAAUACCGAAGAUAUGGAGGAAUAAUCAAGCUAUGCCAUGUCCACUAUCUAUUUGUCAUUACCGUUUCAAAUACGACUAUUAUGUAGCGACUGAGAAGUGCUGAAUCUGUGCCCAUAAUAUAUAGCGCUUUUAUUUUAUUUUCU